AUGAGGUUGUGGCGCGAGAGGGCGCGGUGCUCGAGGCCGGGGCCGAGAUUGUGGACUUCGGCGGAUUCGGGAGAGAGUGUGGUGCCUAGUGUGGCGACUGCGUCGGUGACCCAGUCGGUAUCCGUGGCGAGUGAGGCCAGUGUGGAUGCGAGUGUUGGUUUGGGAGCGGGGGCUGCUCCGGGUUGGGGUGGUGCUCCGGCUCAGGGUCUUGAUGACUUAGUGGUGGGUUUGCUGACGCAGUUAUUGGCUCGUUUUCCGCCAGUGGUUCCACAGGGGGCUCCGGGAGUACCUCCAGUGGCAGAGGUGCAGCAGAGGGCUGCGGGAUUUGUUCAGCCGCAGGCUGUGGGUUUGAUGGUGCCGUCCUAUUUGGAUAUGAUGGGGCACAUGCAGAGGAUUGGUACGCCGUACUUUAGGGCGGAGUUAGCCCAGAGGCGGCAGAUGUGGCGUCAGAGAUUGGAGCGGAAUUUCCAGUCUAUCAGAUUGGGCGGUUUUGAGUCCCACGUUUUAUUCGACUCUGGAGCAUCGAAUUGCUUCAUUACACCGGAGCGUGCCGAGAAGAGUGGCAUCCGGAGUAGCGCGGGCGAGAGCGCGGGCAUGGUCAAGGUGGCGGGAGGUGGAUUCUUGUCUACUUUGGGCCGUGCUAGAGGAGUCGAGAUCGAGAUUGCGGGGCAGUCAAUGCCAGCAGACUUAGUCAUCAGUCCGGUGGAGCUGUAUGACGUUAUUCUCGGGAUGGACUGGUUGUCACACUACAGAGUUCAUCUGGAUUGCUACAGAGGUAGAGUGGUCUUCGAGCGAGAUGCAGGGAGGUUGGUUUAUCAGGGAGUGAGACCGACUUCCGGGAGUAUUGUGAUAUCUGCUAUUCAGGCCGAGCAGUUGUUAGAGCGGGGCUGUGAGGCGUAUCUGGCGACGAUUUCUAUGUCUGAGUCAGGAGCUGGAGUUGUUAUGGGAGAUAUUGAGGUUGUCCAGGAUUUUGAGGAUGUCUUUCAGUCACUGAAGGGAUUACCACCAUCUCGGUCUGAUCCUUUCACGAUUGAGUUAGAGCCGGGGACAGCACCGAUAUCGAAGACGCCUUACAGGAUGGCGCCAGCUGAGUUGGCAGAGCUGAAGAAGCAGAUAGAGGACCUUUUGUCUAAGGGGUUCAUUCGACCGAGUGUUUCACCGUGGGGAGCACCGGUGUUGUUUGUGAAGAAGAAGGAUGGAGUUUCAGACUUUGUAUCGAUUACAGAGAUUGACUUGGCAUCGGGGUAUCAUCAGAUCCCGAUAGAUGAGGCAGAUGUCAGGAAGACUGCUUUCAGGACGCGUUAUGGGCAUUUUGAGUUUGUGGUUAUGCCUUUCGGUUUGACUAACGCGCCGGCAGCCUUCAUGAGAUUGAUGAACGACGUGUUCAGGGAGUAUUUGGAUGUGUUCGUCAUCAUUUUCAUUGAUGAUAUUCUGGUAUACUCGAGGAGUCAGGAGGAGCAUGCGACUCACUUGAGGUUGGUUCUGGAGAAGCUUCGGGAGCAGAAGCUUUUUGCUAAGUUGAGCAAGUGCAGUUUCUGGCAGCGAGAGAUGGGAUUUCUUGGCCACAUUGUUUCUGCAGAGGGAGUUUCUGUGGAUCCGGCUAAGAUUGAGGCUAUCAGAGAUUGGCCUAGACCUAGUAGUGCCACCGAGAUCAGGAGUUUUCUGGGUUUGGCAGGAUACUACAGGAGGUUCGUCAAGGGGUUUGCUACCAUGGCGCAGCCGAUGACGAAGUUGACCGGGAAGGAUGUCCCUUUUGUUUGGUCAGCUGAGUGUGAGGAGAGCUUUAGUCAGCUCAAGGAGAUGUUGACUACUACACCAGUGUUGGCGUUACCCGAGCCAGGGAAGCCUUACAUGGUGUAUACAGAUGCUUCAGGCAUUGGUCUUGGUUGUGUGCUGAUGCAGGAGGGCAGAGUGAUAGCAUAUGCUUCGAGACAGUGGCAGGGCAGUGAGCGUAACCGUCCUACACAUGACUUAGAGUUGGGAGCAGUGAUCUUCGCGUUGAAGAUUUGGAGGUCUUACUUGCUAGGUGAGACAGUACAGGUCUUCACGGAUCACAAGAGUUUGCAGCAUAUCUUCACUCAGCCGAUGAUGAACGCGAGACAGACGCGCUGGGUUGAGUUCUUGGCGGACUAUCAGGUGAGCAUUAACUACCAUCCGGGCAAGGCUAACCUAGUGGCGGACGCGUUGAGUAGACGGAGGUAUGAUUCCGCAGUUGAGCGAGAUGUGGAGUCUCUAGUUGGCGAGAUCAGUACCUUGCGUUUGUGUGCCAUUUCGCAGGAGCCUUUGGGUUUAGAGGCAGUGGAUCAGGCGGAUCUACUUAGCAGGAUCAGAGUUGCUCAGCAGAGUGAUCAGAGUUUGCUAGAUGCGACGAGAGUGACUGGUUCUGAGUAUGAGGUCUCUGCGAAUGGGACUAUCUUGGUUCGUGGGCGAGUUUGUGUGCCUAAGGAUGUGGAGUUGAGACAUCAGAUUUUGGGAGAGGCUCACGCGAGCAAGUUUUCCAUUCAUCCGGGAGCGACCAAGAUGUACCAUGACCUCAAGAGGUACUAUCAUUGGGUCGGGAUGAAGAGGGAUGUAGCAGACUGGGUUGCGAAGUGCAACACUUGUGCCUUGGUGAAGGCAGAGCAUCAGGUUCCGGGUGGUCUUUUGCAGAGUUUACCCAUUCCCGAGUGGAAGUGGGAUAGGAUUACGAUGGAUUUCGUGGUUGGACUACCUGUUUCAAGGACUUUCGAUGCUAUCUGGGUGAUUGUGGAUCGGUUGACUAAGUCUGCACAUUUCUUGGCCAUCAAGAAGACAGAUGGAGCUGCUGUCUUGGCUAGGAAGUUUGUGCGAGAGAUUGUGAGGCUGCAUGGAGUGCCAGCUAGUAUUGUGUCAGACCGUGAUCCCAGAUUCACUUCAGAGUUUUGGAGGGCGUUUCAGGCAGAGAUGGGCACUAAGGUGCAUCUGAGUACAGCUUAUCAUCCGCAGACAGAUGGUCAGUCAGAGAGGACUAUUCAGACUUUGGAGGAUUUGCUGAGGAUGUGUGUGUUGGAUUGGGGUGGCCAUUGGGCAGAUCACCUAAGCUUAGUUGAGUUUGCAUACAACAACAGCUUUCAGGCGAGUAUUGGCAUGGCUCCAUUCGAGGCUUUGUAUGGGAGGCCAUGUAGGACACCCCUAUGCUGGACCCAAGUGGGGGAGCGCAGCAUGUAUGGAGCUACUUAUGUUCAGGAGACGACAGAGAAGGUUCGUGUUGUGAGGCUGAACAUGAAGGAGGCUCAGGAUAGGCAGAAGAGUUAUGCAGAUAGACGCAGACGAGAGCUUGAGUUUCAGGUUGGAGAUAGAGUUUAUCUCAAGAUGGCUAUGUUGAGGGGUCCUAACAGAUCCAUAGCAGAGAACAAGCUGAGUCCGCGAUUUAUGGGUCCGUUUCCAGUAGUGGAGCGAGUUGGGCCAUUAGCUUACAGGCUGGAGUUGCCUGAGAUUAUGAAAGCCUUUCACAAGGUUUUUCAUGUGUCGAUGCUGAGGAAGUGUCUUCACCCUACAGAGGAGUUAGUGGCUAGGAUUCCAGAGGAUCUUCAGCCAGAUUUGACCGUGCCGGCAGUGCCUAUGAGGAUUUUAGAGAGGAGGGAAAAGGUUCUGAGGAACAAGAGGAUUCCCUUACUGAGGAUUUUGUGGGAUUGCAGUGGUUCUACAGAGGAGACUUGGGAGCCAGAGGCAAAGAUGAAGUUGAAGUUCAGGAAGUGGUUCGACAAGCAGGUCGAGGAGUGA